UUCUCUUAUGAAUGAGUGGGUGAGACAGGAGAGGGCUGGGCUGCGCUCUCUCCUUUGCAGUUCAACCAUAAAGAGCACAGGAGCCGAGACGCAAUCUCCUCCUCCUCCUUCCCUCUGCUGUUUCACCAACAGCCUCACGCACAGCUGGGAGGAGGACAGCCUCACCAGCAGCCCGAGCAGGAGCUGAGAGAAGGGAAGUUCUGUGCUGUUCACACUGCAAGGAAAACCUCUUUGCAUAAACUUUGCUCACAGGUUGUUAACAUCCUGCAGCAAGUCACCCCUUCAGCCUAAAGGUUUGUGGAAGAAAUAAACAAUGCAUGAAACUGGAUGAAGUUACAUUUUACAUCUAUCCAUUCAGGACCUAAGGAAUGAUUUACAGGGAGAGAUAGAAGAUGGUGAAUUUCACAGAGAAUGCAACUGAGAAGUGCACUAUUAACCAUGAUAUCCACCAGACAUUAUCUCCUGUGGUAUACUUACUGGUAUUUAUAUUAGGUUUGCCAGCUAACUGCCUGUCACUGUACUAUGGGUAUUUACAGAUCAAGGCUAAAAAUGAACUGGGUAUCUACCUUUGCAAUUUGACGGUAGCAGACCUACUCUAUGUAUUUUCUUUGCCUUUUUGGCUUCAGUAUGUUUUACAGCAUGACAACUGGACUUACGAUGAGCUGCUCUGCAAAAUUUGUGGCAUUCUCUUGUAUGAGAAUAUCUAUAUCAGCGUGGGCUUUCUCUGUUGCAUUUCCAUUGACCGCUACCUCGCAGUAGUGCACCCUUUUCGGUUUCAGCGGUUUCGGACAAUGAAGGCUGCUGCGAUUGUGAGCAUUGUUAUCUGGACCAAAGAAAUAAUGACAUGCUGCUUUGUCUUUACGCAUGCGGAGAUCAGUAUGGAUGCUGACAGCCAUGUAGUGUGCUUUGAGCAUUACCCAAUUAAAGAAUGGGAACACAACGUCAAUUACUACCGCUUCUCUGUUGGCUUCCUUUUCCCCUUCUUUCUGCUGGCCUUUUCUUACUGUGGGAUUUUAAGAGUUGUCCACAAGAGCUACGGCACUCAAAAGAAGAAGAAAAUCCAAAUUAAACGACUGGUUUCGAGCACUGUUUUCAUUUUUUUAGUUUGCUUUGGACCCUACCAUAUCCUACUUGUGGUUCGCAGCUUGCUGGAGAACAAUUGCUCAUUUGCUGAGAAAAUAUUUAAUAUUUACCAUGUUUCUCUCCUGUUGACUACUUUUAACUGUGUUGCCGAUCCAGUAUUGUACUGUUUUUCCAGUGAAAGCAUUUACCAGAACUUUGCCAAGAUGCGAGACUCUUGUUUAACAUGUUUAGGGUGUCUGAGGACCGAGACAAAGGAAGCGUAUCCCCUGAAUGCUCCAGAAACUCCCAACAGGCCACAGCAUGAGCAACAACCAGAGUUAUUACAAAUGUCACAUGACAGUACUGAAAUGAAGGACUCCUCUACAAAUAACAUGGGCAUCCUAUAGCAUUCAUCAAAAAAAGAACAUGAACCUAAAAUCUGCAGCUGUGUUUGUGUAUUCAUCUGAUUUAUCUGUGUACAAUGGAGUUACCUCUAAAAGCCUUAUUAGUGAUGCAGCACAGUGAGGUCAUUUCUGGAGGUGCUUGGACCUUGGCAAUGGUGAGGAAAUCACACACUGAGUCAGUUCAGUUACAAUCAUACGUCUGUUGUCAUUGUGAAGCCAUUCAAAACCUGUUGCCUUGAUGACUGUAUUGACUGGAAUAAGCUAGUAACCAUGGUGUGUGACUGUUGAAUAAGUCUAACCACGUUCUGUUUGUCUUUGUAGCAUCUACAGAAAAUAAUUCUCUACAAGCUGUCAUCUGUUGAAAAGGUUGGAGACAGAACAAAUUAAAAGUCCUCAGAUGUACCUUUAAAAAGAAAAAAAAUUUUCUUUUCUGUAACAUUCCUGUAACUCUCUGAAAUAACUUCUGCUUCAGCCAGUUUUGUGACCUGCAGAGACCAUGCCAGAACCAACCUCCUAAAACAACCUAUCCAACAA